AUGCCAUACAACAACGUCCCAAUCGAACCGUCUGAGGAGGCUACAGGGUCAUCUGCUCUUCCACUCGCAAGAGUGAAAAAGAUCAUUGCUAUGGAUGAUGAGAUUGGCCAGUGUUCCACCACGGCUGCUUUCGCGAUCUCGGUGGCCACGGAGAUAUUCAUCCGCUACUUGACCGAACAAGCAUACAAUGUUGUCAAGUCGGAACGAAAACCUCGGCGGAACAUUGCAUAUAAGGAUGUUGCCACCGCAAUCUCUAGAAUCGACAACCUGGAGUUUUUGUCGGACACAGUGCCCAAGACAAAGACGUAUCGACAGUACAGAGAAGAGAAGGCCCAGGAAGCGGCUGCCCAGGCGGCAUCUUCGACAGCAGCCAAUGGUGUGAAUGGCGACACUGGGACGAUUUCGAUACAGACCAUGAUGAAGAACCAACAGCAGAACGGCGUGAAUGGCGUGAAUGGCGCUUCGCAUUCUCCUGGCAUAGGACCUGGCGGUUCCAUCGCUCAUGGGCUGGGUCACCAGCGAAAUCACAGCCAUCCAGAUCCUGUCCGAGAUAUUGAGAUGAGUGGUUGA